UUUGACGACUCCCUGGUAGAUCUACUGUUAGUUGUGUUCGCUUUUCUCGCUUUUGCUUCAGUUUCGCCCAUUUUCACCGAGCAACCGGUGAAGGAGGCUGAUGCGGCCGUUGGUGGUGGCGAAUUUCGGAUGAUCGUGGAUGCAAGUACAGGUCAUGACCCGACGAAGUCCGAAGUACAUUGGCUGGCUGGGGGUGAGCCAAACCAAGCACCGAUUGGCAACUUGGAAAACCCAUUCAAACGAAUCCAGACGUGUGUGGAUGUUCAACAUCAACUCCGAGGCUUUCUGCUAUGGCCGCCUUGGUCAACUGGAGGUAGGUUUGCAAUUGGCUGACCUACCGAUGAUGAUGGCACCGGUGAUGGCGGACAUGGAUGGCAGACUGAUGGCUGGCAACAAAGUCAUCACAUCUGUGCCGUGCGCACUGGAACAUACCGGGAUAGUGGCACUUCACAUUCCCUUGUGGUAUAAACACAACCACAAGUUUCACCAUGAGUGGACCGCGCCGAUCAGCAUCUCUAGUCUGUACUGUCACCCGGUCGAGCAUUUCCUCUCCAACAUAUUGCCGGUAUUGGCUGGUCCCGUCCUGCUCGGCUCUCACUGUAUGCUGCUGCUCUUGUGGGCCUGCAUAUCGCUGGCCUCCGUGUACGUCGAACACUGUGGCUUCCACCUGCCGUUCAUGCCGUCCAACGAGUACCACGACUACCAUCAUGCAAAGCCUCUGACAGAACUCUGGGAUGCAUCGAGUCAGUUCUGGCAGCACAGAUGGAACCAGCUCUAUCACGAUGUGGCAGGAGGCAACGAGUUCCUUCUAUCUAGCAUUCUAUGGAGUUCCAUGGUCACCUUCUACUGGUUGUUCAAUGCAUUCUUCAUCUUCGUGGAGCUGACUGGAACCCCUUCGAGCAUCUUGCAAUAUCGUAUCCAGCCUAAAAAGAAGCCAGCUGUGGUGGAAUGGCAGACGUUCAAGAAGUGUUUGAAGGUUGUCCUCUUAAACCAGUUGGCUGUGGGUUAUAGCAGCCAACUUGCACUCUACUGGAUCUUCCAAAAGCGCGGCGGAUUAUUUGCCGAGACCCUGCCGUCCUUCCAGUGGUGCUUGGUGGACCUGGCAAUCUCUAUGUUUAUCUUUGAGGUGAUUUUCUUCUAUUCGCACCGGGCACUUCACAUUCCCUUGUGGUAUAAACACAUCCACAAGGUCCACCACGAGUGGACCGCACCAAUCAGCAUCUCUGGGCUGUACUGUCACCCGGUCGAGCAUGUCAUCGCCAACAUAUUGCCGGUAAUGGCUGGUCCCAUCCUGCUCGGCUCUCACUGUAUGCUGCUGCUGCUGUGGGCCUGUAUCUCGCUGGCCUCCGUGUCCGUCGCACACUGCGGCUUCCACCUGCCGUUCAUGCCGUCCAACGAGUACCACGACUACCAUCAUGCAAAGUUCAACCAGAACUUUGGCAUGCUGGGGAUCUUUGAUUUUCUGUAUGGCACGGACAGUCGCUUCCGUAAAUCAAAGUCGUACGAGCGCCAUUCCAUGCUACUUGGCACCACCCCAGCCAACGUUCUGAUUCCGGACGAACCGAAGAAAUGCCAGUAAAAAGGUCAAGUCGGCAGUGCAUGUGCGUGUGUGCACCCUCACUGCUGUUGCUAGUCUCCUCACAGUCCACCCUUGACCGUCCCAUCCUCCAGUUUCAAUGCUAGUAUUGUCACUACUCUACAUGUACGUGUAUUGUAGCAUACCCACCAUCAAUGCUAGUCACAUGGCAAAUUCCACUUAGCUACCGUGACUACUUCAGGCAUGCCUUUGAUAUUAUUAUUUUUAUUCACAUAGCUAUGGGUUUUUUUUGUGGCAAAUUCACUAGUGCUCUAGCUCGGCCCAAUCUGUGUUCUAUCAUGGGUGGUUAAAUAACGACAUCGCAUUGUUCAAUCUUCCAGUCCUAUCAGUGACAACUCUCAUAGCCAAUGUGCAUUGUUUCCGACGGCGAUCACCAAGAAGUUAUGUUCUCUUUCUCACCUAGGGCCGUUCACAAUUUGUUUUCCAUUUCAAUUUCCGCCCUUUCCACCAUCCUGGAAGCAUGGAGAGGGACAGUACUGGUAUUAUAAUUUUUUUUAAAGUUACAAGCGGGGCAUUGGCUAUGCCAGCACUCAUCAGUACUACUUUCCAGCUAUACUGCUAUGACAUCACUACUACUUUCCAGCUGUCCUGCUAUGACAUCAGUACUACUUGCUCCCAAGUCACUCUGUUUUCUGUACCCGACUACCGGUACUUAAUUGUGUCACUAUUCAAGGUACUUUAUACUUGAAGUACUACGCUUACUUCAUACAAAGUGUUGAAA